AUGGCGUGGCGUCAUGCACUCAUCGCAUUCCUCUUCUUCCUUCAGAAGAAGCCUUUGUCCGGAGACCUCCUGGAGCAUCUUUCGUCGAGGAUGGAUGAAGCCUCACAGACCCUGAAGGAUGUGCUGCAGAGAUUCCUGGAUGCGCUGGUUGAUUCAACCUUCAAAUUUACUGAUCAACCUCUGGAUCCCUCCGAGAGCAAUUUUGCACCAGUUGAUGAAAUCGAUGAAGCCAUAGAGAUACACCAGAUUGAAGGAGCGAUACCAGAAGAUUUCCCUGAGGGUGUGUACAUCAGAAAUGGUUCCAAUCCACUAUUUGGUGCUCUGCAUUCCACGGCCUCAAUCUUCGGACAAUCCAGAGAGAUAUGGGUUGAGGGUGAGGGCAUGCUCCAUGCCCUCUACUUCACCAAAAACAGUUCAGGCUCUUGGUCGGUCUCCUAUGUCAAUCGCUAUGUGCAAUCCGAGACGCUCAAGCUAGAAAGAACCCGGCAGAAACCAUGCUUCCUCCCAGCAAUUGAGGGUGACUCUGCAGCCAUCAUCGCCGCCUACAUUUUCAAUUUUUUGAGGUUUGGCAAGGUAAACAAGGACAUCAGCAACACCAACGUGUUUGAGCAUGCCGGCAGGGUGUUUGCUGUUGCGGAGAACCAUCUACCCCAGGAGAUCUGCAUACAAAACCUCGACACUCGCAAUACCUGGGACAUAGGUGGCGAAUGGGAUCGAGCCUUCACAGCUCAUCCAAAGGUAGCUCCUGGAUCAGGGGAGCUUGUUACCUUCGGAACAGAUGCAAAGAGGCCAUUCCUAGUAAUUGGAGUUGUCUCAGCUGAUGGAACCAAACUAAAGCAUAGGGUGGACCCCAAGCUGGACAGAUGUACACUUUGUCAUGAUAUAGGAGUUACUCUAAAGUACAACAUAAUAAUGGAUGUACCACUUACCAUCAACUUCAGUAGACUGAUUAAAGGUGGUCAGUUGAUUAAGUUUGAGAAGGAAAGCUACGCAAGAAUAGGAGUUAUGCCCCGUUAUGGUGAUGCAGAUUCAGUUAUCUGGUUCAAUGUCGAACCAUUCUGUAUGUUCCAUCUUAUCAACUGCUUUGAAGAGGGUGAUGAGGUUGUGGUACAGGGUCUUCGUUCACCAGACUCCUUAAUACCAGGCCCAAGACUGGCAUUGAACAAGCAUGACUCUAAAAUAUCUGAGCCUGCAGAAGAUGACAGGUCAAUGAAACAAGGAACUAGAAAUGAAUUUUUAUUUAGGUUAUAUCAAUGGAGAUUAAACUUGAGAACAAAGACUGUCUCAGGGGGCUAUUUAACUGGAACAGAGGAUUCCUUGGAGUUCCCAAUGAUCAAUAACCUGUACACAGGCUUACGACAUAGUUAUGCCUAUGCACAAGUAGUGGAUUCUUUAAGUUCUUAUGGAAACAGUGAGAAAGUUAACCCAAAGUAUGGAGGUUUUGCAAAAUUAAUCCUUGAUAAGAGAAAGAAUACAGAGAUACCUGGAUCGAGUUUCAUAAGGAUGCAGUAUCAUUGGCUUGGUAAAGAUCAAUUCUGCUCUGGAGCAGCAUUUGUACCGAGAGUUGGUGGGUCACAUGAAGAUGAUGGGUGGAUAAUUUCAUUCAUACACAAUGAAAAAAAUAAUACAUCACAGGUGCAUAUUAUUGAUGCUCAAAGAUUUGAAGAUGCUCCUGUUGCAAAAAUAACAAUUCCACGAAGAGUACCUUAUGGAUUUCAUGGAAGUUUCAUCAAUAGAUAAUCAAUCAUGUGAUGGAACUCUAUGGAUACUAAAGAAAAACAAACUAUGCAGCUUAGAAUCUAGUCCCUGAAUCAGGCAUAAAUUUGUGUGUAUCACAGUUUCCGCACUUGAGAUGUUAGUGCAUGGUCUCAUCCCUGUAGUUGAACAGUUGUACAUUUUUACAAUGUGAAUAUUGCAUGUGAGAUAUGACCUGCAAUAUUGUACAUCUACAUUGGACACUUGUUGCACAAGUAAAACAAACUGUAUUCAGCUAACAUGAGCAUUUGUUUUGCAGUUAUAGCUGCUUAAUAUAACCAAUUUCCCUUGAGAA